AUGUACGGCGCUUCACAGGCCUUCAGGUCGCAAGCGUCUAUCCAGACCGAAGGCAGCUCUGCGCCAACACUGAACCGUCGAAAGUCACAGAGUCGUACCUUUGGUCGCCUAUCGCUGGCCGGAUUCGCCAGUCGCUCCUCCUUGCAACUCUCUGUAUCGCCGCCCAACGAUGUAGCAGAUGAUGCAAGCGAAGGCACAGUCCGGCCGGCUGGUCCACGCGGCAUUCGCAUCCUGCAACGCCAGGCUUCUUCCAUCUCCAUGCUGUCCACGAGCUCGAGCUCAUCCAUGUCGACAUCCACGCUUCGCGCUGGGCGUAGCCAAGAGUCACUCGCGUCUUUCUCUAGCCUCGCUAGUUCUUCCAUCGUUCAUGCCAAGCGAAUGCGCCGCAUCUCUGGCUUCCUCAUGCCCCUGUCUCGUUGGUCAAAGAGAACCUCGGCACUUUCCGUAGCAGACUCCUAUCCUCUUCAUAUCGAGGAUGAGGCUCGCGAUAUGACGGAUGACCUCACUUCGCGCGACGAAGCCGUCGACCUCUUCGACCUUGCCGUGCGUCUUGGUAUGUCGAUGAUGUACAAACCAAAGCCGGCUGACUUAAUCGCAGAUUUGCUCAAUGCGAUGCCACUCGAAAUCGCUCUUCACACGCUCAGUCUGCUCGAUCUUGAAACACUGUGCACUGCCAGGCUAGUCUGCAAAAGCUGGGAAAAGCUCGUAUCGACGCCAUAUCUAUGGAAGCUCAAGUUUGACGAGCAACCGCACUGGAAGAUCCGUCCGGAACUCAUCGAGAGCUCCCGCAUGUCUUAUGCUUAUCCGCCUUCGUCAGCAGCAGAAACAAUACGUUCACACCGCACUUCGAUCCUCUCAAGGAGGCUGUCAGACUUGGUCGAUAGCAUCUCGAGUAUCUCCCUGCAUUCGACAAACCGACCAAUCUCCAUGGUCAGCCACCGUUCAUCCCGCGUCGUCGAGCUCGCAAGUGAAGGAUCUUCGCGUAGCCGACGUCAAAGUAUGGCCUCCCUCUCGCUCACGCCGCUGCGCUCUUCUAUGGAGCUCAAGCGAGCAUCACGUGCAUCACGAGCCUCUUUCGACUUGAGUGCGCUCGAUGCAGCCAAGUCGCCGGCUUCUUCUACGAGACUCGAUUGGCAGAAGCUCUUUCACGAUCGCUAUCUGUUGCAAAAGCGGUGGCAGAGCGGUGACUGUACCACCCAGACACUUCGAGGCCACGCAGAUGGCAUCUACACCAUUCAAGCUAGCGAUGACCUCAUCGUCACAGGUUCAAGGGAUCAAACCAUCAGAGUUUGGGAUGCACGUACUGGUGCUACGAAGCGCAUCCUCAAGGGUCACACUGCAUCAGUCCUCUGCUUGCAGUAUGACAACCUCGAGCUCAUCUCUGGAUCGUCGGAUGGUCUUAUCCGCGUAUGGUCCCUCAGCACGGGCAAAGUCAAGAGCGUCUUGUCGGGACAUGCCCUCGGUGUUCUCGAUCUACGCUUUGACGACUCGAAACUCAUCAGCUGCAGCAAAGACGCCACACUGAAGCUAUGGUGUCGUGCUACGGGUUCUCACGUUCGAACCCUACAUGGCCAUUCAGGGCCCGUCAAUGCGCUGGGGCUGCAAGGCAAUCAGGCUGUCUCGGCUAGCGGCGACUGCUCCUUGCGCCUCUGGGAUCUGGCUUCAGGCCAGACGGUUCGUCAAUUCAAGGGUCACGAACGCGGUCUCGCAUCUGUCUCUUGGCACGGCGAUCUCAUCGCAAGUGGCAGCAACGACGAGACUGUCAGGAUAUGGUCCGCUUCGACUGGCGAGUGUCUAAAUGUCUUAACUGGCGGCCAUGUCGAUCUCGUCCGCGCACUUGCCUUUGCACCCGGCGGCAAUUUUCUCGUCUCUGCCGGUUACGACGGCGGCAUCACCAUCUGGAAUCCUCACGCUUCGGCUGAUGAGGAUACGCGGGUCAGCACGUUCAGCAAAGCGCACAAUUCCCUCGUAUUCUCACUGCUCGUGUUGAGUAUCGUGCACGUGCCGCGUCCCGUGGCCGCAUCGCCGAAAUCGACCGAGCUCGCUCGAGUGGGUAUCCCUUCUGCAUGCUCCGCACCUUCUUGCUGCCUAUAUAAAGCUGUGUUCCUGUCCCUUGCGGCCGUCAUGACAGCAAGCGAGCUUGGCUUCCACGCCUUCAUGCCUACAGUAGCGAUUGUGAACAACUCCAUCGUCCGAAAUAACUUCAAGACCACUACAUGGAUACUACUGGGCAGCGCGUUGCAGUCUUGCGUCGUCAUGACCGGCUUGCCUGCUCGGACCGUCUGCAUACCUGCUCUACUUAUCACUGCCGUGCUCAUUGCGAAGACGAUACUGGUCGCCGCAGGCUUUCUGCCGAACGAGCACGCAGCAGGAGCUUUACCUGGCCGAACGAUGGCUGCCAUGCCAGACGAGACAGGCGGUCUGAGCACGAGUCAAGCCAGCGGAGACAUCGUCUGCUUGCACCUCGCCAUGCGCAACAAUAGCCCUCUCGGCAUUGCUGAUCGGUACUUUGGCAAGAUGGGCGGCUACAUGACCGCCAUGAUGGAGGAUCUCUCCAAAAACCGCGCGACGAACGGCUUGUUGAGCAGCUCGAGCUUCAUGGGCAGCGAACGAGACACGAAUAGCACGAUGCUCUUUGUCAUGUACUUCAAAUCCCUCGAAGCCUUGCAGAAAUUUGCACAUAGCGGGCAUCACAAGGCAGCAUGGGACUGGUGGAAUCGCGAUCACGAAGCAAUGAAGCACCUGUCGAUCAUGCACGAGACCCUGGUGAUUCCCGCUGAGAACUGGGAAACCAUCUACGUCAAUACUGCGCCGACCAUGCUCGGCAGCGCAAAGUAUGCUGUUGAGAAGGACGGUGAAAUUGAGCUCAUUCAGGGCAUCACGAACGCGAAGCGGGGCGGCUACACCUCGCUUUCUAAACGAGUCCUGUAG